AUGGGGGUGAGCGAUCUUUGGAAUUUGCUCCGCUCGGAGGGCAUGGUGCGGGAAUGGAACUGCGAGACAGACGGCCAGCUGGUCCAGAAGGCAGUCGCUGCAAAGCUGGAGGGCAAAGUUGUGGCCGUGGAUGUCUCGCUGUGGACCUGCCAGGCCCUCAUGCAGGGUGCUCUGGUGGAAGUAUUCCCAGAAGAGGAGGCUCGUGUUGUCAAAGUCGCCUUUGACAGGAUCAUCAAUUAUCUGAGGUUUGGCUGCACCCCGGUGGGAGUAUUGGAUGGGGACGCGCCUGAGCAGAAGCUGGAGACUCUACAGGCCAGGUUCUUCAGCAGGUUCAACAGGGCGGGUGGCGGCGGCGGCAACAGCCACUUUGUGCACCUGUGCAGCCUGACAGCCCAGCUCUUCAAGGCCAUGGGCUUGUGGGUGGUGCAGGCUCCUGGGGAAGCAGAGGCAGUGUGUGCAGCGCUGGACAGGGCAGGCCACGUGGACGCAUGCGUCACCAAAGACAGCGACGCGCUCCUGUUUGGCGCCCAGACGCUGUUUCAAACCAUCAAGCCCGUGACGAGCACGCCAAACGAGUGCAAGCUGUCCAGCGUGGCAAUGCGUGAUGUCAGAGCCUAUUUAGGCAUUAAUGAGGGUGGUGAGCUGGCGCUGACUGCGAUCGCGCUGCUGACUGGCGGUGACUACCACAUGGGCGGCGCUGAGGGAGUCGGCCAAAAACAGGCGCUGGCGGUGGUGAAGCAUCUGUUGAAGGGCCAGAAGAGCGAUGUGGGCGUUCUAGACAGCCUGGCAGAACUGCUGGCGCAGCCGCCUGAAGAGCAUGCAGAGGUUCUCCGCCAUGACAAGUGCACAGGCUGCAAGCGCUGCGGGCACGAGGGUGGCAGGAAGAGCAGCAUGAAAAACCAUUCGACGCGCAACCCAUGCGAGUGCUGCCCGCCGGCACAUGACGGCACAUGCCGGCAGCACGUGCACGGCAGCUGCGCCUGCGCCUUCCACCGCCUUGAGAGCCUGCGAGUCGUGUACAAGGCCGUCCAAAAGGCACGAGAGAGCCCUGGGUUCUUGGAGAAGGCGGCGGCAGCAGAGGACGCAUACAGAGAGCAGAUGGAGGAAGCUGCCAAGGCAGUCGCUGAGUUUGGUGAGGAGCAGGAGCUCGAGCCACGUCAGCGGCUGACCUGGCAGCACCGGCCCAAUGUGCCCCAGGUGGCCCGGCUGGUGGAGCGUUGUGGGCUGCCCUGGGAGGAGCAGAAGACACGCGGUAAAAUGAUGGCGUUGCUGAUGGAGUGGGACGCCAGUAACCCCAGCACACAGGGUGAAUUUGUGCCGACUGAACUGGUGAAGCCGCACGGCGGCCAGGACUGGCGCCACCUCAUGGCCUGGAAGCGCACCAAUAUAGGCUCUUCCAAGGACAUUGAGGCGGACAGGGAGCGGCUGCAGGAGAAGAACAAGUCCGGGGACUUCCGCUGCCUUCGCAUCUCCACCGUGCGCGACUGCUGGCCUGCGCUGUUGCAAGCGUAUGAGCGCAAGAGGGCCGAGGCAGCCGACAAGGCCGCCAAGAAAGAGGCCCGCAAGGCUGCAAAGGAGGGCAGGGCGGCGCCGCAGCAGGCGACAGCGCAGAGCAGGGAGAUUGCGAGGAUGGCCGCCUCGAUGCAGGCUUUCCUGCAGCCCCAGCGGAAGCAGCAUGCCGCCACCAAACCCCUCGACAAAAGCGCGGCCGCUCACAGCGCCGGUGACGGCGGCGAUCGAGGCUUGGGAGUCCUCCGGCCCUCUGUCAGCAACAGGGGAGGCGAUGCAUGCAACAGGGGUGCGAGCGCCGAUGAAGCCGGGGAGUCGGAAGCGCGGGGCAGGGGAGACGAUGCAGCCGCGCAGGCCCUGGCGCGCAGGCUCGGCGUGCACAGCAGCUCUUCAGACGAGAGCGGAGGCAACGCCGCUGUAUCUGAGGGGCAGGCCUGGGUCGAUGUGCUGGCGGAGGACGGCGCGAGCGCGCCGCGUGAGACGCGCCGUGGGGUGAAUUCGGAUGCCGCCGGGGUGGAUCCGCCGGGGCUCCACUCGCCCGGCAAGCGCGGCAGGGGGCCGGCUGCCGCGGAUGUUGGUCGCUCGCCUGAGUCUUCGCCGGCAGAGAGCAGGCCGGCGGAGGCUGCCACCGGCAGGAAUGCUGAUAUCAUAGUUCUGGGGUCCCCGGAGAAGCGGCAAAGGGUGCCAAGCGCGGCGGCCGCGGGGCCGUCGCGUCCGCCGAGCCUGGGCCGGGCAGGCAGGCAGGGUGCGGGGGUGCCUGGCGGGCAGCCGGCCGCAGCCGACUUCAGCAUCAGGCGGCCACCUGCGCUGCCGGUCGCCAGCGGUCGGGGCCGGGGCCGCCGCGGCAGCCGAUCGGCUGCCGCUGUUGGUACGGCGCACAUUGAGCGGUUCCUGCAGAAGCAGCCGGGCACAUGCAAGGCCGCACUGUCAGCAGGCGCACCUGGGAGAGCCGAGCCAGCUGGCAGGGCCCCAGAAGGCACGUUCUGCGCAGCUGCCAGCCAUGGCACGCCGUUGCGCGGCGCGGUUGCUCAGGCCGGGGAACACCCCACCCUUCAGGAGUCCCCCAUAGACCUGACGCAGUCGGCGUCUCCGCAGCGGGCGCCGCAUGAAGGGGCUAUUCAUGCCGCACAGCACGGCGGCAGCUGUAAGACAGCCGCGACUGUUCUGCGCAGCCCGGGGGGCCGGUGCUCUGUGGAGCGGGGAAUAGAAGAGCUGCUGCAGUCGCGUGGAGUGCUGCCGCUGCCGGCCGCCGCCGAGCAGACGCCGCAGCCGCGCCCGGGGCGCCAGCUCAGUUUCAUGACGCCGUCGACUGACGGUGACAUUGUGGUGGACCUUGUGACGCCGCCGUCCUCACAGCCUGUGGGCGAUUGAUGUGGGAGCUUGAGGCUUUCGACAAAGCAGAGCCCAACAGAUGAGCUCUGGCUGCAGCUCAGUCCACAGACUGUAUUCGUGAAUGGGUUCAAGCCCGCAGCAGGGUAGAUCAACUGGUGUGUCGGGAUCUCAACUGACAAGUUGUUUCUGCUGAGCUUGUAUUUGUUGCUGGUACUGUGUUGGUUGCGCAGAUUUUGGCAUUAUGUAUGUUGUCAAGGGAGUUGAUCAAGGUUGUCUUGAAGAUCUGGAUUGGCUCCAUUGCGCGACAUGAAAAUGUGCAAUUGCUGGGUUUCAGCAGCUCGAGAGAUCUUCAAGGGACUGCAGACUUUGUAUGGACACUUGUGUUGUUCUUUGAAUCAGAUAACUUGUUGGCAUGCUUGGGAAGACUUUGAUACAACUGUGUUUGUCAUUCAAAGACUUCGAUACGGCUGUCUUUGUCAUCCAAAGACUUCAAUACGGCUGUGUUUGUCAUCCAAUGAGUCUUCACUGGUUGCCAGUGGCCGAUUUCAAUGUUGGUUUGGAACUUUCUGGUUGUUUUAUAUCCUAAAGAUUGGUCGACCCAUAGCUAGCUGGCCUUGUACAACAUAUCUGGUAAGUUGAAUGGUCU